AUGGGAUGGGAUAUGGAACUGAAGAGCACGGGAACCGGGGCGCCUGCUCUCGUCGUCGUCGCUGUCCUCACUGCCGCCGUCGCCGGAUGUGGGUUUGCUCUCGCUCGUGGGCUUGGGCUUAGGUUCGGGCUCGAGUUCGAGUUCGGCGGCGGGAUGUCGGUCGCGGCGGAGGCGGAGAUGGGAGGGAAGGAGAUCGAUGUCGCAGUGGAGGCCGAGGAGGCAGGUUCUGUACUUCUGGGCGAGCGCGAGUUCCAGCUUGUCGUACUUCGUUCUGCCAUGGAUUACGCCGCCAUUGGGAUUGGCGACAAGAGUUCACGGUAUAGUAUUGUAACAAUAUGA